AUGGCAGAAAAGAUAUUGUUGAGAAGUUAUACAAGAAGUUUUAAUGGAUUCGCGGCUAAUCUUAUCCCAUAUGAAGCCUCAAAGUUGAAAAACAUGAAAGGAGUUGUCUUAGUUUUCGAAAGUCAAAAACUCAAAAUUCAGACAACGAGAUCUUGGGACUACAUUGGAUUAUCCUUAGAUGUUAGCCGAAAUCUAACGAUGGAGAGUGAUAUUAUAAUUGGCCACAUGGACACGGGUGUAAAACCUAAUAGUGACAGUUUAUCUGACCAUGGCUUAGGAAAUGUUCCUAAGAAAUGGAAAGGUGUUUGUAAUGGUGGCAAAAACUUCACUUGUAACAAAAAGUUGAUUGGGGCGAGGUACUACAUAGGAGACUCAGCAAUAGAUAAUUCAGUAGUAUCUCAUGGAACUCACACAGCCUCCACAGCGGUUGGAAGAGUUGUAAAAAACGCAAACUUUUUUGGCAUAGGAAACGGGACCGCUAGAGGAGGCGUCCCAUCAGCGAGGAUAGCUAAUUAUAAAGUUUGUGAUAUGGAAUGCGAUGAUAAAGAUAUAUUGGCUGCCUUUGAUGAUGCCAUUGCCGACAAUGUUGAUAUUAUCAACGUCUCAAUUGGACCUGAAAUGCCAGUUAACAUCAGCCAAGAUACUAUUGCCAUUGGAUCAUUUCAUGCAAUGAAGAAUGAUAUUUUAACUGUACAAGCAGCGGGAAACACAUACAAUAACAUGUUAAAAACAGUUGUAAGCACUGUACCAUGGAUAUUCUCAGUGGGUGGCAGUAAUAUAGACAGAAACAUAAUCAAUAAGCUUGUUCUUAAAAAUGGACCUACACUCAUUAGUAAUAUUAUAAAUCCUUUCACUAGUGGCAAGCACAACAAGAAACUGGUAUAUGGAAGAGAGAUCACCAAUCAUUGUAACGAAUCAAGUGCAAUGCGAUGUAUGAAUAGCUGUAUAGACCCUAAUUUGGUGAAAGGAAAGAUCAUAGUAUGCAAUGUUGAUGAUUUCGAGCUAUCAGCACGUGAAACGAUUUUGAAUGCAAGUGGUCUUAUUAUGCGAAAGUCUAACAAAUAUUAUAAAGAUAUAUCUAAAAUCGUACUUUUACCUACUGUGCAUUUGAGUGACCAUGAUUUUCAUUAUAUUGAAUAUUACCUCAAGUCUAAAUCAUUUCCUUCCGCACGCAUACUAAAGAGUAAGACUACUCACAAUAAUGGUCAUGUUUUAGGUUCUUUUUCAAGCAUGGGGCCUAAUACGAAAUUGCCAGAAAUUUUAAAGCCAGAUAUAACUGCACCUGGCUUAAAUAUACUAGCAGAAGGUCCUUCAGACACAAUUGCCUUUAUAGACAUACCAGGUGCAAAGUAUAACUUUCGUUUUGGAACAUCUAUGGCGUGUCCUCAUGUUACCGGUGUGGUUGCUUAUGUGAAAUCAAAACAUCCAGAUUGGUCUAUUUCAGCUAUCAAAUCAUCUCUUAUGACUACAGGGCGGCAGCAGGCGGCGGUAGCAGGCGGCGGCAGCAGGCGGCGACUGUCUUCAAUCGACGGGGGCAGUCUUCAAUCACCGGCGUCGUCGAUCCAAGCGUGGGCAGCGAACGGCGUCUUCGAUCCGAGCGGAGGCAGCGACUUGGCGGCGGAAAGGGUUCUUCAACCUACGGCGGCGUCAAUCGGAUGA